AUGCAGCCGUCGGUGCUUGCUCCGCCCAUUCGGUUUGGGACAGUGGCCUUCCCGUUGCCUGUACCAGAGACGGAUUCCGACUCUAGCACAGGGCCCUAUUCGUCACGCGUGACUUCCUUUUCCGAAUGCCUCUACCGGGGUGCCUACCCUAAGCAACGAAAUUUGCGCUUUCUGGAAACAUUGCACCUUCGAACUAUUGUGUCUCUUACACCCAAACCUAUUGAUGAUGACCCAGUCCUAGCACAAUGGGCCAAGACGCAAAAUGGGGAGGUGGGCAUCGCCAUGGUGCAUAUCCGAACAGAAAAGCCCAAGGAAGAGACAGGUGGUCUAACGCGAGAAGGGGCAGCACGCGCCCUUAUGGAAGUAUUGAAUCGUGAGAACCUGCCUCUCUAUGUGCAUUGCCUAGAUGGUGUCGAAGUCACGUCCACGCUAAUCGCUUGUCUUCGCAAAAUCCAGGGCUGGUCGGAUGUGGCCAUUGAAGCAGAACUCGCACGCGGAGCGAACUCUGGCUCGAGUCGUGUAAAGGGCGCGCUGGACAUAGCCCCCAAGCACCUAACCCAAUUUGUGGGGCGGUUUGGCGAGCCGGACGGUGUGCUUAUGCCGCAACGCGAUCGUAUUCCAGGCUGGCUAUGGCCCAAGACCAACCUUCCCCUCGCACCUCAGGAUACGUGGAAUGAAAAACCGGCUAGCGUUCAGCAUCCGUCUUUAAAAAUUCACUUUGAGCGAAGUGAGAGCUAUAUUGCAUCGCAACAAGCUCGAUUCGGUGCCGUAUGGAGCGUCUUUUCUCAUUCACGUUCACGUACGCCUAGCACGCUUUCCAUCUCUGGCAGCUCGGAGGGCGCUACAGAUGGACAUGCAUCGUCUAUGCGUGGCUCUCCUAGCCACUCUGAGGUGUCCUCGGGACAUCGUCAUGUCGACCAUACCCUUCUUUCACAUACCCGAUCAUCGCUUUUAUCUCAAGUCGUCGAGCAAGCCGACAUGGAUGCCAGCAUAGACACACCAUGGAGUGCAGAUACCGAACUGGAUACGCGCACGCCUAGAGCCAAGCCGCAGUAUGUGGAUAGUGAUAUUCCACCCCUAUCUUCCAUGGAUUUGCAUGCACCGCGGCCUACACGAAGUGCGAAUACGGAUGCUUUGGAACGCAGCAUUUCGUCGCUGGACGAGCGUACACCUCUAGUGCAGGCGCAAGAUGUUCGACACGAUCGGGCGUUGGGCGAAAGCGAUGCGGACACCGCCGCGGACAUCAUUCCGCCUCUUGGCCUGGAUGGCCAUGUACCUGUGAAUCAUCACAUUGGGGCCCCUGCUUACGAUAAUAUCGACGACGAUGAUGACUACGACGACGAGGAGGAAUGGGAAGAAGAUGCCUACGCACAUACAAGUGCCAGCCUUGCGCUGGAAGCCCUAGAUUUGGACGGAUAUUAA